UCAGCGCUCGGACAAGCUCAGAUCACAGAAAUUUGUGUGAGGGCAUCGGUUCAGUUAUCCUCCCCGCGGCAUCCGACCCGUUCUGCCCGGCGCCGGCGUCCGAGCAAGUCUUGGGUGGUGGUUUCGUCAAUGUCGUUUCACAGGAGAGGAAAUAGCAAGGGAAAGAGAGAAGGCGAAGGAGGACUUUGGAGGACCGGAUUGUACGACUGAUGUAGGAGCUCAAUUGUAUGCCUGUCAGUUGGAAGGUCGACGGCGUCGAAUUGCUCUUUCCCCUGAAGGAAUUCCUCUGUCGAGGACCAGGGUUUCGUGGGCCAAGAAUUUUGCAGUAACGGCCGCCAUCCUUCUUGUAUUUUGUAUUACUUGCAUAGGGAGAUAAUUCCUUAUCGGGGGUCGUAUUAACUAUGGCCUCCGAUAGCCCCCCUCCCCCACCUACUUAUUCCACCAUUGGCUCACCGUCAAGCAGUCCAACUCCACGGCCCGAGAAAAGAUGGGCUCCGCCGGCAUCUUCUUUACCUGUUGUUAGUAGGUUUUCGCCUCAAAGAUCUAACGACCCUCCUCAACCGGCGCACCUCCUAUCUUCCUCCUCACAUUCACCGUCACCGCUUCUCUCCCCUCAGGAAACAACGACUCCAUCCCCCGCGGAGAAUUUGGUGAAAUCCGGGGGUCCGUAUUUUAUCUCAAACGACGCCAAUCGUCAAAGUCCCGGUGGUUCUAAUGUGCCCACCAUGCGUCCUUACAUGGAUGCUAGGGCUGAUGGACCGGUUCCUCGUCUCAGCAAUCCUCCUUCACCACCGCAAUUUACGUCGCCUUUUCGGCCACCAGCUAGUACUUUCAGUCCACCAGUUUCCCAUCAGCCUGCUAUUCCUGCUGUGAUUUCUCCUGUAUCAAGCGAUCAUGUCCAAGCACUGCCAAUCUCUUCUUUUUUUUCCAAUUCAAGUGCUUCAGUGGACUUGCAAAAGGGAAAUGCUUCAACUAUAACCGAUGAGCUUGCAUUGAGCAAGAUAUCACCGCAGGUCGUGUUCUCUGCCCACAAGGUCCUGAAGCAUAAGAAGCUCUGGAAUGUUCCAAGUCUGGGAUUUGGUGCAUUUAUAUCUCCCGGUAAAGAGGUCACACCUAGUCCUCAAACAGUGCAACAUUCUCCUCACCGUUGUGGAAAUUGUGGGGCUUAUGUUAAUCUUUACUGUGAUGUCAUUCUCAGCUCAGGACAAUGGACUUGUAUUAUCUGCAAGAAACUAAAUGGUAGUGAUGGUGAAUACAGAGCAGUAACUAAAGAUGAGCUUUGUAACUGGCCUGAGCUCUCUCUUAACCUAGUUGAUUAUGUUGAAACUGGAAUUCGACGGCCUGGAUUUGUUCCUGUUUCCGAUUCUCGGAUGUCUGCACCUGUCUUUCUUGUUAUAGAUGAAUGCUUAGAUGAAGCCCACCUCCAACACUUGCAGAGUUCAUUGCAUGCAUUUGUUGAAUCCCUUCCUCCAACUAUAAGAAUAGGAAUUAUAACUUAUGGUCGAACAGUCUCUGUUUAUGAUUUCUCAGAUGACACAGUUGCUUCUGCAGAUGUCCUUCCGGGCAGCAGAAGUCCAAAUCAGGAGUCGCUAAAGGCAUUGAUAUAUGGAACAGGAAUCUAUCUGUCACCUGUUCAUGUAUCUCGUUCUGUUUGUCAUAACAUUUUUUCUUCUAUGAUGCCAUAUAAACUGAGUUUGCCUGAAGCAUCUAGGGACCGUUGUCUUGGUGUAGCAGUGGAAGUUGCCUUAGCAAUUAUUCAAGGGCCAUCAGCCGAUGCCUACCAUGGGGCAGUGAAAAGAGCGGGAGGCAGUUGCAGGAUAUUGGUUUGUGCUGGUGGACCUUACACUUACGGGCCUGGUUCAGUUCCACACUCCUUUACCCAUCCUAACUAUGCAUAUAUGGAAAAGACAGCAAUGAAAUGGAUGGAGCAGUUGGGUCAUAAGGCUCACUUGCAUGAUAUAGUGGUCGAUAUUCUAUGUGCUGGUACCUGCCCAGUAAGAAUACCAGUCUUACAGCCACUUGCAAAGGCAUCUGGAGGUGUGCUUGUUCUGCAUGACGAUUUUGGUGAGGCAUUUGGUGCUAAUUUACGCCGAGCUGCUACCAGAUCUGCAGGUUCUCAUGGCAUGUUUGAAAUACGGUGUUCUGAUUCUAUACUUGUUACACAAAUUAUAGGCCCCGGUGAGGAGGCUACUUCAGACACUCAUGAGAAUUUUGAAAAUGACAGUGCUACCUAUGUUCAAAUGAUAAGUGUUGAAGAGACUCAAAGCUUUUGUGUGUCCAUGGAAGCUAAAAAUGACAUAAAGGAGAACCACAUUUACUUCCAAUUUGCUAUUCGAUACUCAAAUUCCUAUCAGGCUGAUAUUUCUAGAAUAAUUACUCUUCGGUUGGCAGCUGUUGAUGGUCUGUCAUCAUAUUUGGAAAGUGUUCAAGAUGAAGUUGCAGCAACUCUUAUUGGUAAGAGGGCCUUAUUACAUGCAAAAAAUUCUGCAGAGGCAAGUGAUAUGCGGUUCACAAUAGAUGAAAGAGUAAAGGAUAUUUCUUUGAGAUUUGGAACACAAAUAUCUAACUCAAAGUUUCAUAGGUUCCCCAAGGAACUUUCCAUGCUGCCCGAGAACUUAUUCCAUUUAAGAAGAGGGCCACUUUUGGGAGGUAUCAUUGGCCAUGAAGAUGAAAGAUCUGUUUUAAGAAACAUCUUCUUAAAUGCAUCAUUUGAUUUGUCUGUUCGUAUGUUGGCACCACGUUGUUUAAUGCAUUGUGAAGGAGGAACUUUUGAAGAGUUGCCUGCAUAUGAUCUUGCAAUGCAAUCUGAUGCUGCAGUUGUACUUGACCAUGGAACAGAUGUCUUCAUCUGGCUGGGUGCUGAUCUUGCAGCUCAAGAAGCCAAGAAUGCAGCAGCUUUAGCAGCCUGUAAGACACUUGCAGAGGAGCUCACAGAACAACGGUUUCCUGCUCCACGCAUCCUUGCUUUCAAAGAAGGAAGUUCUCAAGCACGUUAUUUUGUUUCUCGGCUGAUACCAGCUCAUAAAGAUCCUGCUUAUGAGCAGGUGGCCAGGUUUCCUCAGCUCUCCAGAUUAACGAAUGAACAGAGAACCAAGCUCAAGAGUAGCUUUUUCCACGUCGAUGAUCUUAGCUUCUGUGAGUGGAUGCGCAGCCUGAAAUUGGUCCCUCCGGAACCCAGUUAACUGCAUCUCCCAUUCUCUUUUAGGGACUUAGAAGCUUCCAGCUCAAGUUCAUGGCAGGGCACAGUGCUUUUGACUUUUGAGAGUCGCCAACAUGAAUUGUUUUUUGCUUUUGAAGCUGAUUAAAUUGCAAAUGUUUUGCUGAUAAGAAUUAAAUGUGUUAUUUCUUUCUGUUUCUGUAAACGAAUUCUCUUAUUUACUAUUUUUAUUUUUCUUUCAUUAUUACGGUGGUGGGAAACAAUAAGCAAUAAAUCCAUGUUACAUCCA